AUGGAGAUCCAUGGAUGGACCGCCGGUUUCCUGCUAGCAACAAUAUUGAGCAGUGUCGAUGCAGCAGCAGAGUUGAGCGCCAUGUUUGUGUUUGGGGAUUCGCUGAUGGAUCCAGGAAACAACAACUACUUGAGCUCGACGGCCAGGGCCGACUUUCUACCUUAUGGCAUCGAUUUCUUUGCUGGCCCUUCUGGCAGAUUUUGUAAUGGAAAAACUGUAGUCGAUUACCUCGGAGACCUGCUGGGAAUUCCUCUUCUGCCAGCCUAUGCGAGCCCUUUUUCGACUGGAAAAAGCAUUCUUAGAGGAGUGAAUUAUGCUUCAGCUGCAGGAGGGAUUCUUGAAGAGACAGGAAAGACUCAUGGUGAAAGGUUCAGCUUGUCGCAACAAGUAGACAACUUUGAGAGCACACUAAAUGAGCUGAGGGUCGAAAUGAGAGGAGACGAGGAGCAACUAAAGAGUUAUUUAAGCAAGGCGCUAGUCGUAAUGUCACUCGGCAGUAACGACUACAUCAACAAUUACCUCCAACCUUCAUACUACACAUCCAGCUAUCUCUACACUCCUCAAGACUACGCAAGUCUUCUCAUCAAUCGAUACGCAACCCAAAUUCUGAGAUUAGAGAGUUUAGGGCUUAAAAAGUUCGUUUUAGGAGGGAUCGGGCCGUUGGGUUGCAUCCCGAAUCAGCUUGCGCGCAAUGAGGUGCAAGGCGAGUGUGUGGUCUCCACCAACAAUGCUGUGGCCAUGUUCAACCAUGACCUGAAAUCACUGGUCGACAAACUCAACAACAACAAUAAUAAUGGAUCUAUCUUUGCCUAUGGCAAUAUAUAUGGAGCAUUCAUGGACAUACUCAACAAUGGUAGCACCAACGGACUGAAAGUGAGAGAUAGAGGGUGUUGUGGAUUGGGGAAGAACCGGGGCCAGAUAACAUGCCUGCCGAUGUUGGUGCCGUGCAGCAACAGACAAGAGUACGUCUUCUGGGAUGCAUUCCAUCCCACCCAAGUGGUCAAUCAGAUGUUGGCGAGUCGGGCACAUUCGGGCACCCAAUCCGAUUGCUACCCGCUGAACAUUCAGCAGAUAGUCGCAUCCAUUUGA